AUGUUUUUGACCUCCGCCAUUGCGCCCUCGUCUGUCAUCAAUGGCGAAACAGGGCACAGUUCCGCCUCUUCUCCGUUAUCGUCCUCAACAUGGAAGGAGGACGACAUCAAGAAUUUACCUGCUCAACUCCCGAAUCUUCAACGUCUUGUUCUCUCUUCACGCAACGGAACCUAUUCGCAAAUUUCAGCACAACUACUUACGUCGACGCUUCUAAACGCACACACCUCCCUCGACUAUCUCGUCCUCGAUGGCGUAGAUCUACCAAAGCGCUCCUUCAACAAUACAUUAUUCGGGAUCCAGCGGUCGCCAGCUGCCCCUGUUCUCCAUCAUCUGAAAGCCGUAUGGACUCCCACCUGCUACAUUCGUGGGUUUUCUGGGGUUCUUCGCCCGGAUAUCCACCUCUUCCUCGACGCACUCACGACGCUCGGCCUCAUCUCCCGCCAAACAUUGCUCACCUUGGAUCUUCCUCAUUACUGGAAAAUCUCCGAGCACUGGCAAUCGGAUGUUUACGCAACGCUCAAGCUCCCGAGCCUUGAAAUUUUCGGCAUCAUGCUCAGUCACUCCCAACACAACAACCAUACCGUCGACGAUGGUACCCAUCUACGCACGCGUGAGCUCCUCGAUGCGCUCGCUCCGUGCGCGCGCCUACGUGCCCUCCACAUCACCUACGGCGAGCCCGAACUUCGCGAGUGGUACUCCCUCCGCCGAGAACACCUUUCCGCCGCCCUCAUCUGCUUCCUCCGUGACCACUUCUCCCGCACCCCGCCGGCCCAUCCCCACCUGGAGGAGCUCAAGCUCACGGUCGCCUAUUGGGCCAAGGACGUCAAGCGUGCAUGGUCUCCAGUCAUCUCGCAGCUGGCGGCCGUCCUUUGCGAUCGCGCGCGAUAUCCCUCCUUCCGCCGCCUACACGUCUGCAAAUUGGUUGCAAUCAAUCAAAACGACUCCGACCGCUCUGAUCUGGACGCGGCCCGCAGGAUCGUUUCGGGCCUGUUCUCAGCCUUUGCGGUCCCAGGCGUUGAGCUGAUCGUGGACGCCGAGUUUUUGUUCGGUGAUACGGCGGAAAAAGAGGAUAUGCGCUUGGAUUCGGAUGCAGAUAUCGAAGGGGACACGGGGAUGGGACGGGCGUAA